AUGCAAUCAAAUGGAUCUAAACCUGUUUGUGAAAACACAGGAAAGGCAAUUAAAAGAACAAGUACAGAUGAUUAUGCAUAUGCAAGAAUAAGUAAUACAUUAACUCAAGAUCCACAAACUUCUGAUGUUGAAUCUCCAACAGAAUAUACAUAUGUUGCAACACCAAUUACAAGAUUACCAAAGCAAACAACAGAAUCAUAUGUUUAUCCAUCAGCAAAAACAUUAGAAAAAGAUUUAUUUCCAUUCGAAUUUUCAGGUUACAGUGUAAUUCCUACAAAUGCAAUUACUCCUCAUUCUACUCCUCAUUCAACAGCACAUUCUACUCCUCAUUCAACUCCUCAUUCAACAGCACAUUCUACUCCUCAUUCAACUCCAUUUAGUACUGCACAUUCUACUCCAUUUUCAACAGCACAUUCUACACCAUUUAGUACUGCUCAUACCACGCCUCAUGAUACACCAUUCAGCACAGCACAUUCUACUGCUCAUGUGACACCAUUUACUACUCCAUUUAGCACUGCUUUUGUAACUGUUUUCGAAACACCAUUUGGAACUCCAUUUAUUACUAAUUUCGCCACUGCAGCAAGUACUCCUCAAACGACAGCAAAUACAACUCCUGAAUUAACUCCUUCGGCUACACCUGAUCCUGGAAAUGCAAUUGAUUCAAAUCCAAAGUCUAUUUCUAAAACAGGAGUAAUAGUUGGUGUAGUAAUUGGCUGUUUAAUCUUUAUUUUGUUGGUUGCUCUUCUCGCUUUUUAUUUGUACAAACGUUCUAAGAAUGAUGUUUCAGAAAGUUCCCAUGAAAUAUCUCAAAUGUCUGAAGAAACUGAUCCUGGAAAUGUAGAAAAUGAACCAACAAUGACUUCCUUAAAUAUUCAACAAAACCCGGACGAAAUUAUCUCAUCUUCUGAUGAACCUCAAGAAAAAGAAGAUAAUACUUUGACUGAUGUGUUCUUCUAA